GGCUCGGACACGGCGCAACCUCGACGUGGGGCCUCGUGCGAGGGUGGCGCCCGAGGGGCUCUCGGCUCCAUUGUCCAAAGGGGCUGCCAAGCUCCAAGAGGCUGGGGAAGAUAGCGGAAUCCCGCCAUAACAUCCACAACUCAUCCCGGAACCAUGUUUCCGGCGCCAUGUUUCUCUCAGCCGGGGACCGGAAGUGGAGCACCGGGGACCGGAAGUGCGCGCCGGAACUCUCCCGCGGGUGGCUCGCCUUUUCCUGGGGACAGGACUUUCGGCUCGGGAUGGAAGCGGGCGGGGAUUCCCUCCGGGAGCCUGAUUCUUCGGCUGUCAGCUCCUUGGAGAACAUGGAACAACGGAAACCAGAUGAUCCUACUGCUACGGAGACCCCAGAGAACUGUUUUUCUAACGAGACUGAACCUGCUAGACCCCUUUGUUUAACACAAGAGACAGUGGAAAUCUCAAAGACUGCCAAAGGCACUUUGUCAUCGCAGGCCUGCCGUGAGGCUGAACAGAUGCGGGAUGUCCUGGGAUCAUACGUCUGUCAUGGAGACAGCAGUGCCCGAGUGCGCCAGCCCCUGUGGGGGGAACAGAUGUCUGGAGUCCCGGUUCUGCAGAGUGGCCUUUCAGACACAAAUGGGAUUUUUAAAACAUCCCAUCCUAGGGAAGCACAGCUUUGGAACGCUGGCUCAAAUUUUCUUCCUGGCAAGUAUGGAUCCGCCAGGAUGUUUUCUCCCUUUUCUGUGCGUGUUGAGUUGAAAACUAGAAUCCCAGCUACAGAUCAAACCAAUGGAGCCGCCAAACCGACCCACCCGGACAGUGGGAAGAUCGAGACCGCGGAUGCUGCUGCUGACCUUCCAGAGGAGCAGACGGAGGAUGCUGACAUCCGAUUACCCGCCUUUUGCAGUAGAAAGCCAGAGUCGCCUCCUCAGCCCACCGAGGAUGAAGACCCUGCUUUGCUAGCCAUGUUCCACACUGUGGCUAGUAGCCGCUUGGCUGUGCGCAGUCAGCAGAAGGAUGAGCCGGACUUCACACCUGUGCAGAAAUUGGCCAUCUUGCAGGAGCUGUACCACACCAAGCCCUUGGUCUUCCUGGAGCGCUUCCGAACAGCCCUGCGGGAAGAUCACUUGCCCUGCUUCCGCCACCUCUCUGGCAACUACGAGGCGGACUUCUACUGCGCCGAGGUGCGCAGGGCCGGCCUGGGCAAAACGCGCCACACUCGGGUGCGGAACAAGCGGUACGCAGCUCUGCAGCAGCUCAUCCAAGGCGGGGAGUACUUCAGCGACGAGCAGAUGCGCUCCCGGGAUCCUCUGCUGUACGAACAGUACAUUGGGCAGUACCUGAGCGACCAGGAGCUGCAAGAGCUGGGCAGCUGCAAGCAGGAGGCUGCCUGCUCGCUCUCGGGCGUCCUGCUGGACUCCUACCAAGAGGACAUCCUCCAGCAGCGGCUGCAAGUCCAGCAGGAACAGGAAGAGGCCUGUCUGGAGAAAGAGGAAGAAACCGACAGCGACAGCAGUGACGAUGAAGCCAUGGUAUCCAGCCCCAAGGACCACUGGGUCCCCGACCCGGAAGAGAAGGCGUUCCUGCGAGAGGAAUUCACCAGCCGGAUGUACCAGCGGUUCCUUGAUGGCAAAGACCGGGACUUUGACUACAGCGAGGUUGACGAGAAUCCGGACUUUGACAAUCUGGACAUCGUGUCUCGGGACGAAGAGGAGCGCUAUUUCGAUGGGGAGGAACCGGAAGAGGCUGAUUCCAUGGAAGCUGAGUAGAGGGAUCCACAGCCCGAGAUCGUGUCCCUGGUGUGGAGGGGAAGUGUCUCCCAGGAUUUGACACGGGCCACAAGCAUAUGUCUCUCUAGCCAGAUGCACACUCUUCCUCUUGCUGUGUCGGGCCCCACUGCCUGAUAGACCUUGGAGGAGCAGAUCUGGAUUGUAGGGAGGAGUAUGGCGGGGACCGCUCACGUGCGAUGUCUAUAGCUUGUUCUGUCCCCCAAGAGUGCCCCUAAACUGGUUGUGGUGGGCUUUCCGGGCUGUGUGGCCGUGAUCUGGUAGAUCUCGUUCCUAACGUUUCUCCUGCAUCCGGGGCUGGCCUCUUCAGAGGUGUAUCACAGAGAGA